GGUGAGCUCACUGACGACAAUGGUGACUUUGUACAAAAUGUAGCAAUUAAAGUUUUAAAAGAAGGAGCUACAAAUGAACUUAAAGAAGAUUUUUAUAGAGAAGUUGAAAUCAUGAGUACUUUUGAUCAUGAUAACAUUUUACAUUUACUGGGGAUAGUCACACAAAAUGCUGGGGAAUCGCCGUAUAUGGUCUUUGAGUUUAUGAUACAUGGUGAUCUAGCUGAAUUACUAAGAAAAUCAGACCAAGCUGUACAACAUAGAGAUAAUAGUGUUGUCCUACAGAAGACCGAUCUGGUAGAUAUAGCAACACAGAUAUCAAAUGGUAUGGCAUAUCUGACGUCACAGCAUUUUGUGCACCGCGAUUUGGCCACCAGAAAUUGUCUAGUGGGUGAAGGGCUGAUUGUUAAAAUAUCAGAUUUUGGAAUGUCCCGGGAUAUAUACACCUGUGAUUAUUAUAAGAUAGGAGGAUCUCGGAUGCUGCCAAUACGGUGGAUGUCUCCGGAAAGUGUCAAAUAUGGAAAAUUUACAAUAGAGUCAGAUGUCUGGUCAUACGGUGUUGUAUUAUGGGAAAUAUUCAGUGCUGGACGACAGCCAUAUUUUGGUCAUUCGAAUGAAGAGGUGAUACAGUUUCUAGAUACUGGAAUUCUACUACAGAGACCAAACGAGUGUCCAUCUACCAUAUAUCACGUGAUGUUAGGAUGUUGGAAACAGGACCCAAAAGAUCGCAUGCCAUUCCACAGAAUCCAUAACUAUCUUUCAGAAUAUAGUAAACACAUCACGCGAAAUAUGCACGUGCCUGUUGAAGACAUUGAUAUUGAAGUUGCUGGUGACAUACUGACCUAG